AUUGACCUACUAAUAGAUGCAUUAGUAGUGUUUGUAAUAGUAGUGGUGGUCGAGUGAAGGUGAAGGUGAAAGGUGGUGAUGAUAGUGGUGUGGUGGUGGUGACGGUGUGACAGAAUAGAUAAAAUUAUCAUUUAAUGAAGUUAUUUUUCAUUUACUGUUGAACCUCCAACAGCAAUGACUGCCACCAGCCUUCAUGUCUCCCCUCUCGCCGUCGCCGCCUCCGCAGCCGCCAUCACCCAAAACCAAUCCGAACAUACCACCAAACACUCUUCUGAAACUGGGUCAAUCAAAUUUCGCAGAAAUCUAAACGAAGUCAAGCAACUACACGCUCAGAUCACAAAGAAAAGCCUCAACAAUCACACCAACUCUACUUUCACCAAGAUAAUCUCUCUCUGUGCCGAAAUCGCCACUCCCGAAAGCUUACAAUACGCCAGAAAGUCCUUGGACCUCUUCGAUAUCAGUACAGUUUCACUUUACACGUUCAAUUCUCUGAUCAGAGGCUACUCUAUUGCUGGACUUUGCAAUGAAGCUAUCUCUCUCUAUCUCGGAAUGGUAUCUGAAGGUGUCAAUCCAGACCACUACACCUUUCCGUUCGCUCUCAGCGCGUGCGCCAAGGGCGAGGCGUUUCUUGAGGGAAUUCAGCUUCAUGGGUCGGUUGUGAAGAUGGGUUUGGGGGAAGAUGUGUUUAUACAGAACUCGCUGAUCCAUUUUUACUUCGAGUGUGGGGAGGUUGAUUUUGGGAAGAAAGUGUUCGAUGAAAUGUCUGAACGAAACGUCGUGUCGUGGACUAGUCUGAUUUGUGGGUAUGCUCGGAGGGAUAGGCCUAGCGAGGCUGUUUCUAUGUUUUUUGAGAUGGUGGAGACAGGGAUUGAGCCCAAUUCAAUCACCAUGGUUUGUGUGAUUUCGGCUUGUGCUAAGUUGAGGGACUUGGAAUUGGGUGAAAGGGUUUGUGUUUACCUAGGCGAGUCGGGGCUGAAGAUUAAUGGUUUGUUGGUGAAUGCACUUGUUGAUAUGUACAUGAAAUGUGGUGCCACUGAGAGAGCAAAACAACUUUUUGAUGAUUGUCUUGAUGAAAAUUUGGUAUUGUACAAUACUAUAUUGUCGAACUAUGUGCGGCAGGGAAUGGAAAAAGAAGCUCUGGCUAUCUUGAUUGAAAUGCUUCGACAAGGACCAAAGCCAGAUAGGGUUACAAUGUUAUCUGCAGUCUCGGCCUCCGCACAAUUAGGCGAAUUUUCAUUUGGAAGGCAAUGCCAUUGUUACAUUUUGCGGAAUGGGUUGGACGGUUGGGAUAGUGUUAGUAAUGCCAUAAUCGACAUGUAUACAAAGUGCGGUAAACAAGAGUUGGCUUGCAGGGUUUUUGAUCGGAUGUCAACCAAGACAGUGGUCUCAUGGAACACCUUAAUCGCAGGUUUUGUUAGAAACGGUGAUGUGGAGUCAGCUUGGGGAUUGUUCAAUCAGAUGCCGGAGACUGAUCUUGUGUCUUGGAACACCAUGAUAGGCGCUUUGGUGCAAGAGAGCUUGUUUGAGGAUGCGAUUGAACUUUUCCGAGUGAUGCAGAGUGAGGGAAUAAAAGCAGACAAGGUGACAAUGGUGAGUGUUGCAUCUGCCUGUGGGUAUUUAGGAGCUGUUGAUCUUGCAAAGUGGGCAUACCGUUACAUUGAAAGAACCGAAAUUCAUUGCGACCUGAAACUUGGCACUGCCCUUGUCGACAUGUUUGCUAGGUGUGGCGACACUGAAAGUGCGGUGCUAGUGUUCAACAAAACGAAGGAGAGAGACGUUUCUGCUUGGACUGCAGUGAUUGGAGCCAUGGCCUUGGAAGGAAAUGGGAUUCGAGCAAUAGAGCUUUUCGAUGAGAUGCUAGAGCAAGGGCUGAAACCCGAUGUGGUAGCAUUUGUGGAAGUACUGAUGGCUUGCAGCCAUGCAGGUUUGGUGGAUCAAGGAAAGCGUCUUUUCCAAUCAAUGAAGGAAAAACACGGAGUUUCACCACAAAUUGUUCAUUAUGGUUGCAUGGUUGAUCUGCUUGGUCGAGCUGGGUUGUUGAGCGAAGCACUUGAUCUCAUAGAGGGCAUGCCCAUGGAGCCUAACAGUGUCGUUUGGGGAGCUCUUUUGGCUGCUUGCAGAACCUGCAAAAAUGACAAAAUGGCAGCGUAUGCAGCUGAGAGAAUACGGCUGAUUGCUCAUGACAAGAUUGCGGUUUCCAUCGUGCUUCUCUUUCAAACUAUUAUAAAUGCUUCUGCUGGGAAAUGGACCGAUGUUGCUAGAGUGAGGCUUCAAAUGAAGGAGAGAGGGCUUCGUAAAGUGCCUGGAUCGAGCUCAAUUGAGAUCGAUGGAGUCAUUCAUGAAUUUACCUCUAGUGAUGAAUCACACCCGGAAAUGACUGACAUUGCGUUGAUGCUACAGGAGAUGAACUGCAGAAUCAGAGAUGUCGGGCACGUUCCUGAUCUAACAAAUGUUUUGCUUGAUGUUGAUGACCGGGAAAAGGAAUUCUUGCUCAGUCGACACAGUGAAAAGCGGGCCAUGGCAUUUGGGCUUCUCAGAACGAGUCAAGGAACGCCUAUCCGUGUAGUUAAGAAUCUUCGAAUGUGCUCUGAUUGUCACUCAUUUGCAAAAUUGGUGUCAGAAAUAUACAGUCGCGAAAUUGUUGUUCGGGAUAAUAACCGAUUUCACAUUUUCCAGCAAGGGUUGUGUUCUUGCAAUGAUUUUUGGUGAAACGAAAAAAUGACCCAUGUUCAUAAAAUCAAUAUAUCAGAACAAAUUUUAAACAA